GUGUGAUAUUACGGAAUGCUUUAAUGUGUUUUUCGUGAACGGUGAAAGGUAGCGCAAAAUAAAUGGGAGAAGUGACUGAUCGCUCGAGCAGCCAGCAUGGCAGUUCAAUAGCGAACAACAUGUACUGUACUUCCCCCAUUUGUUCUCUGAGUUCUAGCGUUGCGUUAUGGAAUGGUAAGCCAUAAUAGAGACAAUGCUAUAUCGAAACUUUUCAAUUCUUUAGACUUUGUUAAAAUUUUUCCAGUUGUGCUAAUACGUUGUUUUUGGCGUCUCUUGUCUUCCAUGUGGCUCUUUAGCUAUCGAGUUGGCUAGAUGUAACUUAUUUUACGGUCGAAUAGUAAGUAGUUAGCCAACAACGGGUAAUUUGACCGUCCAAUGUGUUUUCAUUUUCAUUUGAACUUGCAUGAAACACUUAACUUAAAUAUCAAUUGCAACAAUGUGUACCGACGAUGGAUAUUUUGUAUCCAGCUUGGAUAGCUUCGCCGCUUUUCCACCAAUUUGAUUUGGUCAGAUAACAAAUGGCUCGUUUGCGCAUGCAGUCAUACGGUGAAAAUGUAUCGUUCUAGAUUCUGUAAGGUGUUGGCUUGCUGCCCGUUUUAGUUGACAUUCGAUUGCCAUGUCACGAGUCUGGCAGUGAGUUCGACUAUUUCUGUCAGACACCAUAUCGAUAGCUGCUUGAACUUAUUUCAUAUUGAGCACCGAGGUCGUGUCAAUUUGGUGUCAUUUGGAUUGUGGACCAUUUUUAACAGUUUGAUAUGAGUCAUCUUGAAUCAAAAUUCAAACGUUUUUCGACCUAUCUGGUUUAAUGGGUCCAAUCAUCGGGAUGUCGCCGGAUAAGAAAGCUGAAACGCCGGGGAUGCUGGAGGAGAGGGCGGGGCUUAGGGGCGUAUGUGGGGGGGCGGGGACUCUCCCGGAGGCGGAGUGCGGCGCAGCCAGCCCAUUGGCCACCAGCCUGGACCGGGGAUCCGGUGGUUCCGAGGAUGAGGAGCUCACCAACCUCAACUGGCUCCAUGAGAACCUGCUCCAGAACUUUACCCUAGGGGGACCCGGGGGGGCCCAACCCAGCGCCAGCCCCCUCUUUGACAUCGAGGGUGACCCCGGGGCCCCUCAGAACCCAUCGUCUUCAUCCUCUUACUCCUCGUCGCAGAGGGACUUGUUGAAGUCCAAGCCUCCCUUCUCAUUCUCUCUGUUGAUCUACAUGGCCAUAGAGCAGAGCCCCAGUAAGAGGCUGCCGGUGAAGGACAUCUAUGGUUGGAUCCUACAGCACUUCCCCUACUUCUCCUCGGCCCCCACUGGCUGGAAGAACAGCGUCAGACACAACCUGUCACUCAACAAGUGCUUCCGCAAGGUGGAGAGGAGCCUGGGAAAGGUGAAUGGUAAGGGUUCUCUGUGGUGUGUGGACCCAGAGUACAGACCCAACCUGAUCCAGGCCCUGAAGAAGCAGCACUUCCCUGCAGCACAUACCUUCUGCACACCACCCGCCUCACCACCCAGCGCCUCCUCACCACCCAGACACCACUUUCUGCAGGGCUGCUCCCUCAAAGAGUCUGACAUAGAUGCUGCCACUGCCAUGAUGCUCUUAAACUCUGCCCCUGGUCAUCACCACGCCAACCCAUGUGAACCAGACAGUCCCCUGGACUUGUCCCAGCCAGACUUGGUCCUGGUGAGCAGCGAUCCUAAGCAGGACCACAACUACAGUAGCAUGACUCUGCAGCGCUGCUCCUCCCGCUCCUCCUCCUCCUCCCUCUCCUCCCUGGAUGAAGGAGGCCCAGGCCACGGCAGGCCGCGCCCACGCCGCGCCGGCAGCGAGGGUUUCCAUAGCGAAGAGGAGGACUCUGACCUCGGGGACCGGGACGAGAGGGGCGGCCACUCCCAGCCUGCUCCUCAUCGCCCCUCCCCCUCUUCCUCCUCGGUGAAGUGCCCGGCAGGUAAGAGGGCACGUAGGGAGCUGACAGCCAAGCCGGAGCUGGAUGAGGAGCUGAAGGAGGCGGCCGGGUCUCUGCUUCACCUGGCUGGGAUCCGUACCUCCAUGGAGCUCAACAAACGCAGUGCCAAGAGCAAAAAACUGAACAGGAAAUGAGGUGGUCGUACUGCCUCGCCCUCAGACUCCCGCCCCUGUAACCCUGAUCUGAUUGUGUGUCCUACUGAUAGGUCCAGGUUGUGCCGCCUCCUGCUUUUCUGAUUGCUGAUUUUUGAGCCAGUUUUUUGGUUUGACACAUGAUGGGAUGGGAAAUCCCUCCCUAUCCCAACACAACAAAUGGCAAUAGUAUCAUUCACACACAGGAGAAUAAAGCCAUAUUGAGACUUUUGUAACUUGGGCAUGUCAGGUGGGUGGGGUUAAGUGGGGUGCUUGGGGACUACUGUGAAGAACCAUCACAAUACCCAUCUAUCCAAAACGAACUGCCUGUUUCUGAUGGCUUCUCCAGAUCCUUGCAAUUCAAAGGAUUUUCUUCUGGAUAAAAGACAAGACCAGAAAAAGCUUAAAGUUUUUAAAACUCAAAGCAUUGCAUGCUUCCUCCUCAACCUGUAUCCUCUUCCAAGUGAACCUAUUUAUAAGAGAAUGAGUGCAUGUCUGUAACAAACAACUAACCUCUCAUCUUCUCGUCAGUUUCUCCCUUCUCCGUGCAAAAAUCAAAUAAAAACAUGCCACUGUUUUUUGAUAGGCGACAACCUUGGCCUGGAAAUGACAAAGAGAGAUGCAAUAAUUGAUCCGUAACCUUAAACUGCUCUUUAUAUUAUUUAAGUUGUUCAAUGUUGGUAUUUUUCUUGGGUUGAUGACAACACUGGUGUCUAAAAGCAGUACAUUAUUGUGAAUGUAUUGAAGUAGUGAGAUUCAUGGCCCUGGCUGUUUAGAGUGAUCUGAACAAUCUGAUCCCAGAGCAGAACACUGGACUGGUUCCAUGUCAGGAUGUAAUAGCCUGGUGGGGAAACGCAACAAAGGAAAUGUUGGAACUCUGCUACUGCCGUGUUCAGAAAAGAAUGAAACAAAGAUAACCGACUGUGUGAAGACUGGCACGGUGAGGAAGAGUCCACUCUGGUUUCCUACACUGAGAGGAAAAGGUCAUUACAUCGUCGUCCCAUCAGAACCCACUCGUCUUCAUGGCUUUUCCUCUGUGGCCCCUCUUCUGUUAUACAUACAUUAUUUGUGUUUAGUGUGUAAACUGAGAAAUUACACAUUUGAUACAGGACCCUGUAUUUGUGAUUCUUCUCUUGAUCUAUCCUGUUCUUGUCCUACCCUGUCCUAUCCUAUCCUAUGCAAGGUGUAUCUGGCUGAAACACAGCUACGGUUGUAACCAUCGUGAUCCCAAGACGAUGCGCUUGCAGGAGAGCACUCACUGGCAGAUGUGCUGCUCAGUUUUCAAUCAUGUAAUAUUAGUCACACCUACUGACUUUUAGUAUUCAGGCCAAAGGGAAGUUAAGACAAGGUUUAGUUCUAAUAACGUUGUAGUGAGGUUAGAUUGACAAUAUUGUACUAUUUACUGCCUGUCGUUGGCUGUGGCAAAGUUCAGACUGUGUUGCCAGAAAGAGGCUUUGCUUUGUCUUGCUCCACAAUAAGAAAACACAAAGGGAGGAGGGAGGGCAAAAUCAGGAAGCACACCACCCUCUUCGCUCUGCUGUACAGUAAUGUGUUUACUGCCAGUUGAUUGCAUAGAGUUCAGUGACGGGAAGUACAGGAUGUUGCAACAGAACUUGUGAAGAGAAGAGGCCAGACUGGUUUUCUGUCGGCGCUUGCAUGCAUUAACCUGCAUUAGUAAGCAAAAUGCCAAAAGCCCACAGCAUGCCCAUAUGAUAGAAAUGCUUUUAGCUGGUUCACUGUAUGACAGUAUACUGCCCUCUGUCAUGAGCCCACUUUCCACUUCUGUUGUAUAAUGUUAAAUGAACUUCCAUAAAUACAGAUUGCAUGCAGUGCCAAACAUUCAUUUGUACCAUUACGACCAUGUUCCUCUUCUCACAGUUUUUGUGACUGACAGUAACAUUGGUGCCCUAGAAGCCAACUAACAGGGAAUGUAGGAGGACUCUGACCUUGUGGACUGACUUUAGUCUGACAUGCAGUUUAUUUUUUAGUUGUUCGGGAAUGGGAAGCGCUUUGUUCCUAGAAUGGAAAUGUUGUUGUUAGAACUAAACCGCGGUUCUCCUAAAUAAGAUGGACAUAGAAUACACUGUCUGUGAAUAAACAAAGAACAAAUUAAUGUUGUCCAUUAAAUCAUCAAUGUAUUUAUUAUAAUUAAUUUAUAAUGGGACGAUUGGAUGGAACUUCUAUCAAAUAAUGGUCAUUUGAAGCGAGUGGAAAGGUUACUUCCUCUCUCCCCUCUGGAAAAUGAUUUAGAUGUUCUUCAUUUUACUGCCAUAGACCAAUACUUCCACUAUGUGAUAUAGUGCUAAAGAUGUGAUCUGUGUCUGAGGAAGUAUUUUGCCAAUGUAUUUAGUCUUUCCACCAGGGGUUUUUCCAUUUAACCACGACUGCCAAGUGUACCGAUUGUUUUGUUGUUGAACUGGAUAGAAGAACAUUGCUGAGCAAAAUUGAUCCUGAACCAUUUUUUGCCAACAGUGGUGUUGUACAGAGAAAGCCAGCGUAGACGUUUCAGAUGAAUGGAUAUUUCCUGACUAUUGAGAACUUCUCUGCCAAUUUGAUUUGAAUCAUCAAACUUCACAGCCUUUAUCUGAAUUAGUAUUGUUUAAGUUUCUAUAAUAUUCUGACUGCCAGAAGUAGUCGCACCAUAGAUAUUAGUUGGCACUCCUUCUCCAUGUUAGGAUCCUGCCACCAUAGAAGUCAUCUACAUGUUUCCAAGGGUUGCCCUGGUGUUAGUCUUGGUACCCCCAUGGACUUCUGUUUAAACUUAGAUAGUUGAGGACAACUUCCAGUAACUUGUUCAUGCUGUAGUGCUUGUAGCUAGAAGGAAGAUGUUAUCAGACUCAAAGUGAACUUUAUCCUGAGUCUCUUAGUAAGUGAAUGUUUUUGAGAUGGAUCUUUAGGACUACCUGCAUGACAUGGGGCUCUAAGACACACCGUAGGGUACCCCAGGGGUCUAUAUUUUUCACUUUACAGUGAUACAUUGUUAGACUCAGCUGCAUACAUAGGAUUGCUUCAUUGUUUGAAAACUUGUUAUUGGAUAUUGAUUAUGUGAUUUUUAUUUUUUCAAAAAUGCAGUUGCAAUUUAUUGAUUCUGAUAAAGCGUUUUGUGUUGAACUAACUAAAGCUGCCAACCCAGUAUCAGUCAGUCGUCUGCCAUGUCUGUUAGACAGACACACCUUUUGGUUUUUGUAUGCUAACCUCUGUUAAUAAAAUGUUUAUAAAGUUUAUUUUCGCCAAAGAUAUGCAAUUGCAUUAUAUAUGGUAUUACAAAAUAAAAAAAAUAUUGUUUUAUCA